AGCAAGUUGAACCACUAUAAUGAAACAUACAAGAAGUAAAUAUUUAAAACACAUUUUCAAAUAAGUUGCUAUCAAAUGAUUGAAGCAAUAUGAGAGACGAUUUUUAAAAAGUGCUAUAGUAGCUUGAAACAAAUAUAUAUAAUAAAGCAUAGAAAAGUGAGAAUAUAACUUGGAAACAGGAUGAGUAAUCUAUCACACAAAAUAUAGGGAAUCACCCUCAAAAAAACAAACAAUAUAAUUUACAAUAUUAGAAAGAAUUGAGGGAAAAAGCCAAUACACGUAUGUAAAAAUUGAAGGCUAGGUUUGCCCUACCUAAGACAAAUGUAUGCGAUAUAAUAUUAUUACUUGCUACUCCUACUACAACUCUAUCAAUGCAAGACAUUAUUAUAGCACAAAAUCUAUUUUCUUCUUUAACUAGAUGUAAGACAUUUGAUUAUACUCUGAGUUUGCAUAAUUCAUCAGUAUAGGUUUGUUUUACCAAUUCAGAUUAAAAGAUCAAAAAGACAUUUAAAAUUAGGAAUAAUAAAUUUUGUUGUGUUCAACUUUUGUCAACUAAGAUAUUUACCUCAAUUUACUUAAUUACGAAUUAGCAGUGCUAUGAAUAGUGCUUAAGAUAUUAGAGAUUCCUAUUCUAACACUGAGGCAACAAUAAGCACUUGCUCUCAAAAGCUUCCUUAUACACUUAAAACACUAUUGAGUGUAUUUAAGUAAUUUUGUUGUUAGCAAAGCAGUAAAUAUUUUAUGAUACAGCAUUUAAAUUGUCUAGAGAAGGUAGAUGUUUGA